AUGGCAGUGAAUAGUCCUAGCGGAUAUCCUCCACUCUCUCCAAAGCCGCUCACCCCAAAAAGUCCUCGACAUUUCAUUUUUCCUCAAAAGAGUCCCUCCAUUACAUCCAGCACAUCUUCCUCUGGAUACUAUACUCCACAAUCCGGCUGCAGUUAUGAUAAACACGUGCCUCCAAAGAGUCCAAUCGCCCACGGUCACCGAAGUCCAGUGAGUCCAAGGCACUUCCAUUUCCCCCAAGUUGCAGAACCACCGCUUGAACGCACGAGCCCUUGCAACUUUGAUCGACCUCAUCAUGGCCUGCAUUAUACCACAUCACUGAAACAUAACCGCCGAGAAAAGUCUAGAUCACCGAAGCCUCCACCAGUACAUAUUCAUACUAAUCCUGGUUAUGUGUCGCCUAAUCGAACGAGAAAGCUAUAUGGUUCUACCUCCACAGUAAGUUCACCUCGGCUGGUGACAUCGCCGAGUAUAAUUUCAAGUCAUACGGAUGAUUCAAUCGAUGCAAUGCCUGGGACACCAUCUGCGAUUGUCAACGAUGCUGAUGACGAAGCCACGGAGACGUCUUCAAGGAUCAGAAAAUCGACAUCUGAUCUAACAGAUUUAACUGACGAUACUCCUCAAACUCGUUCUACUAGCAUCAGCAGACCAUGUUCUCCGAUGCGCCGAGGGUCGAUGAAGGGGGGGUUGGCAUAUUUGGCGAGUAGGCGUGGAUCGCGAGAGUCUACUGUAUCAAACUGUGACUCAGUAGAAGAUAUCGGACCGCUUAAUUUUCAAAAUACGAUGCGUGGACGUCAAAGGCGAACAUCUAACUUUUUGGAAUUACCAGUUGUCGAGCACUCAAGACCAAGAGUGUGCUCAUUACCAGAGAAGCCGUACAACCCGAGACUAUCAGACGAUCUCUACAGGCUACGAACGUUCUCGAUCACCACAAAGGGGGGCGUGGUUAACUGCGGUGACUCCAUUUGCAAUCGCCGCAGUCGGUCCAACACUUCCGUCAAUUCUACCAACAGCAGAGCGUCAGAUAGAUCGCCGUUCGAUGGUUCCUGCUGUUCCGGCUACCGGCCUGUGGAUUCUGCCAGUCUGGAUACACCUGAUGAAGAUGACCUUGAUCCGAUACCAAAAUAUCGAGUGGUAUUACUGGGAGAUGCCGGAGUCGGAAAGACGGCGCUUGUAUCGCAGUUUAUGACGUCAGAAUACAUGAAUACGUACGACGCGAGUCUUGGUAAAUGCGAUGACGAGUUUGGAGAGAAAUCAGUAUCCGUGCUACUGGACGGGGAAGAAUCUGAGCUCAUAUUUAUCGAUCAUCCAAGUACUGAAAUGUCGAUUGAAAAUUGUCUGUCGACGUAUGAACCGCACGCGUGCGUAGUCGUUUACUCAGUCGUGGCCAAGAGUUCAUUCAUCCGUGCCGGGGAACUGUUAUCUUAUUUGGCAAGAGAGCAGUUUACUGUCGAGCGAACUGUGGUCCUCGUGGGUAAUAAGGCUGACUUGGCAAGAGCUAGGCAAGUUUCAACGAAUGAGGGUAAAGCUUUAGCGACAUCGAAAGACUGCAAGUUCAUCGAGACUUCAUCUGGAAUCCAACAUAAUGUUGAUGAACUACUUGUUGGUAUCUUAAAGCAGAUACGAUUGAAGGAGAGUCGUGAUAAGAAACAAGCAAAAAAGAGUGGGAAACAGGACUCGAAGCCAUCGAAGCUCGCAAGCUCCCGUACUCACAUAUCACUCAGCAUCGCUCGGGAACUCCUCCAGAAAAUCUGCAUAAACGACAUAUCCAAAUCAAAGUCCUGCGAGAAUCUACAUGUCCUGUAA